GUAUAGGAGCACAAUUUGGUGGUAAAUAUUUUUGUCAUGAUGUAAGAGUAAUAAGAUUACCAAGACAUGCAGCAUCUCUUCCUAUAGUAUUUAUGGAGGAAUUAGAGAGAGACCCAUCAAAAUAUUUGCCAGAUAUAAGAGAAGAAGAUUUAGGGGAUAUUGCGCAUGCAAAAUUAUUAGAUAAAUUAAAUAAGGAAGGAGAUCUACCCGAUUAUUUUAAGGAACAUCCUAUCUAUUAUGCAGGACCUGCAAAGACACCUGAAGGAAUGAUUAGUGGUUCUUUUGGUCCAACAACAGCAGGAAGGAUGGAUAGUUAUAUUCCUUUAUUUAUGAGUAAAGGUGCAUCAUUAAUAACAAUAGCUAAAGGAAAUAGAUCUAAACAAGUUGCGCAUGCAUGCAAACAAUAUGGUGGUGUAUAUCUUGGGGCUAUUGGUGGACCUGCAGCAAGAAUUGCUCAACAUUGUAUUAAGGAAGUACAAAUUAUUGAUUAUCCUGAAUUAGGAAUGGAGGCUAUAUGGAAGAUUCGUGUAGAAGAUUUUCCUGCAUUUGUUAUUAUUGAUGCAAAAGGCAAUGAUUUUUAUAGUACAUGGAUACCCUAA